GCAGUCGCAGCUUAAACUGUGCAUCGAGUAAAAAUAAAUAUACAAACACAUUCAAUAAAGAUAAAUUAAAUACUUUCAUCUUGCCAAGUACAUGUUUCUGGUUUUAAUCACAAAAUACUGCAACAGAAGGAUACCAAACAAACUUCCAAUUGAAGGACUACUGUCACGUCAUAAGAUAAAUAUUGACGCAAUGUGUAGCGUUGAAAUUUCACAGUAUACAUAUUAUUACUUACAAAAUAUUCAGAGAUUAUUCUGCUCGAUAACGUGAAUGUUCAACAUGUUUAGAAAAGUAAAAGCUGCUGACUUAUCACGAGAGCAAAAUUAUACGUUCUAGGAAAGGAGUAGUUAUCGAUAUUUGUUUCUAAAGAAGGAAAUGUAAUAUAUACGUUUCACUUAUAUUUUCAACAAAUCACAAGUCUCUAUCAACAGUUGAGGAUUAAUAAUGCAUAACAAACAUAGACUCCUCAAUAAAAUCAAAGAAACACUCUACAAAACACUUUCAAAAAUGACAAACUUUGGAAAUGUUCUUAACCUUUCCACGCCAUACCUUCUACUCCUGAAUGAUCAUACCAAGAAUACUUAAAACUAUACAAACAAAGUUCUCAUAAAACUUCCAAAUUCGAUUAAGCCAAACUCGAUGUCCUCACCAUUGAUAAAUCUCCCUGUCCGCGGCCACGUAAUUCUAAUACCUCCGAGUACAUACAUUUUAAUUUCGUUGCGUACAUCCCACGUACGGUUUACCACAUCUGCGGUGGCCCAGCUCGCGGCCUCUGCAAAAGGCAACGUGCCUGCGACCUUGAGCGUAGACGUCCUCGACAUUCUAUCAGGAUGGGCACACGGAGGUGGCAGCGACGGGGAACGCGAUUGGCUCAGGCGGGUAGCUCGCAGAUCGCUGGCCAGCUCAGGUCGACUCUGUCAACGCACAGCCGUUGCUCUGUCGUGAUCGUCUCCCGAACCGUUGCGUGUAUUCGCGGCUGUUUACAAGUGACUCGCAGCGUCUGGUCGCGAUUCGCGAUUCGUGUCACGCACUCGUCGUAUCGUCGUGGCUGAGGCUCGCUGCUCACCAGUCAGCGCGGAGAAAUGCUGGGAAUACUGGGAAAGGUGCUCGCAGAGGCAACGGUACACCGACAGCCAGUGUCUUGUGAUUAGGGGACCAACGAGCGUAGACUUCGACGAGCAGGAUCGAGGAGCGGCGCACGGAUAGUGUCCUGGAAUCAGGUGAAGUUUGGAUGGACCCCGAUCAGGUCGAUACAGUGUCGGGAUGACGGUUGGUUGAUCGUGCAAGCGUUCUCCAGUGUCGUGAAGCAACCUGGAGUGUCUGCUUGGACGACUAGGCGCUGGAACCCUCUGCUUGUCCAGGAGUACCGUGAACGGUGAGCUUGGACCGUUGACAAAUCACCACCUGCAUCUUAAACGCAUCUUCGCGAGUUCGUGGACCUGGACAGUUGGAUGCGUGGUGGUAGCUUUCGAAGGGGAAGGAAUGAUUAACAACCUCAAAAGCCAGAAGCAGGGCUAAUCCUAGAACAAUGAACCCUCGUCCAUUCACCACGAGGAGCACUCAAGUCUACCAGAUCUAGAUCCCCCAAUACGUUCCUGGAAACAUGUUGCCAUCCUCGAAAUUGCUGCACGAGGGUCCGGCAGGACCUGUCAACGAGAACACCGCGUCCAGAGAUCCGUCGAACCGACCAACGACUACGAGCGUCAUGGACGCGACGAAUAGAAACGACGACGAUCCACCGCCGUACACGGCGAUCGCGCCGCCAAAUCACGUCGGCUGGCUGUUCGACUUUUCCGGUAUUCCGUAUUCCGCGUGCACCACGACGUCCUGCAGAGCUGAGGCUGCUCCGUUGGCGCCCUUCCAAGCGACCCUGACGUCAGCCUCUGCUUUCCAUCCCGAGGGAACUGACGGUCAGCACACGUCAAUCUCCGUGCCUUUAAUGCCUCGCAGACUGUUCAAGUUCGGCUCCCACAGAUCUCUGUUCAUGAACCGGGCCAUCCCGAUGUCGGACGACAUCUCCGUGAGCAAGGACACUCAUGGAAGGACGCGCAGUAAGUUGUACUUCCAUCGAUGCCGACGAGGAGCGUCGUUGGGAGUAAUUAGAGUGCGAUUCGGUGAUUCCCUUUCGAUGUUACAGGAUACGGUGCUAUACUCGUGGCGGCGGCUGUGAUCAUUUUCCUGAUGGUUCUGUCGUUGCUGGUGCGAUUCGUCAUGGAGAAAAGCUUCUGGCGAGGUUAGUCGCGGGUCUCCUUGCAACCGGAAGGUCGCCGAGAUGUCGCACUUGUGACGCAACGAACGCUUUCCACCGUCCUCGAUCCAGACUGACUCUAGAGUAAGCGUUAUCACGGUAUAAUUCCUCUCGCGCUGGCGCAAUCGCGGGUGCAAUUAGAGCGUGAUUGCUCCCCCUUUUUGCCCUGAAACGAAACGACAGGGGAAUUCGCGAGUUGUACAUUCCUGUAGCCGAUAAGUGCAUUGUUAAGUGUCCAUAACAUUUCGCGGAACGACGCAUUUCUGCCUUAGUAGAGUAGCUAGUGUUGCUAUAGCUUGUACAGAUCGUUUUUUAUUGCCGUUAAACUUAACAUUUUUAUAAUGUAAACGUAGAUUUUUAUUCUACUGGAGUAUCUACAUAGAAAAUGUGGAUCGAUUUUUACCGUGCUAAUCAAACCACUUAUUCGAUGGAUAAUCUGAAUUCUUCUUUUUUUAAUUUUGCGAAGAAUUUCGUUGUGAUAGUUUAUUGAAAAUUAAGAAUACGGUGCAUUAUUUCACUUUAUUUUGUGAAAACGAAGCGAAAGAUCAGUGAUUGUGAUAAUCUCGUGAGGUUGCCAAUGUAUGUAUUAACAAUCAUCGAUCAUAUGAAUGUUAUUUACGAAGUGUAUACAUUUUACAUUAAAGAUAUCAUAUUGUUAAUUUCUUACGUAAAAAGAAAUGUACUGAAAUAAACAAAAAUUUAUCCUGUAUCUCAUUUAUCACUGUGCAUCGUACAAAGAAGCCUCUACAGAAGUGCGUGAAGAAUCAGAGGAAUAAAUUUAAGUAAAUAUAGUAUGUUCUUUUUUUUAGUCGUCGAAACAGGAUGCAUCGAUGGCUAUAAAUUCUCCUGAAGCAUAUUUUUCAUCUGCUACGCCAGGUUCGCUGAAUAUUUAGUGUUAAUUUUACAAAAAAAUAUUGAAUUAUUUUCCUCUUCCAUUGAACGGUGAGUCAAUUUACAGUCUCUUGUACAUUCGUCAUUUAUUAUGGAUCGUUUAGACUGUUUAGCUGAAGAGUAUUCGUUUUUUUCGCUUUUCACAGGCAAUAAACUUGUUGGAAUGGUGAAUCAAUCUCGAGGAACAUAAGUACAUAGAAACUGUUACCACGGAGCGCAAAGAUAAUAGACAAUCCUCAAGAAUCAGUUCAAGACACCAAAAGAUAAAAGCACAAGCAAUACUGUUCCGAAGAUAUCAUAGAAAUUGGAUACGUUUCCAGGAAAUGCAGAAACACGUUGGAGACAGCGUCAACUUACUGCAAUUAGGUGUCACCUGACAGACACUGCUCUCAAUCAACCACAUGAGCAAUUAAAAAUACCUAACUGGUGACGUAAGGAUCGUUAACUCAAGUAGAACACAGCAAUUGUGUAGACACUGUUUCAUCACUCGAGAUUCAGUUUGCACCUGGGACGUCGAUCGUCGGAGCCUUGAAGCCCCGAUUCUUGCCACAAGGCGUUAAAAUGACGAAGCAUCGUCGCACCCGCGGCAAACUACAACGGGACAAAUCACCUUUGUAUCGUUGCAAGAGAACACGAAGAAUAAACACUCCUGUUGAUUCAAUAUUGCGUUCGCGGAAAGAGCCGACAGCGUACUUAGGCGAGCAAACGUGUGCGUGUUGACUUUUAGACGCGGCUUGGCCUUCUUCAAACGACUGUUUUAUUCCACUUGAAAUUCCGCCUCCUUCGGAACGCCAUUGCGCUGCGACGCGACGCGAAUCAAUUUUUCGAGAACUGAUCGAACGGUUUCCUUCUGUCCUGUUGUUUGUCGCGCGAUUCCAUUCCGUGUAAAUGGAACCCUUUCUGUUCGCCAAACGCCACGGAAAUGGUACUCGUUUCGUGUUCUUUUUUUUGUCAGAUUUACCUUCGAGCAUUUCACUUACUUUAUUUCCUUUCGCGAGUUAAUCUUUGUAUGAGCAAACAUUUUUUUCCCUCGCGAAACAUGCAAUAAGAUAUUUGCACUUGAGUUAAUGUCAUUCAUUACAUGUGAUAGUAAUCAAAAUUUGUUCGAUCCUGCACUGUAAUUAUAUUUUUUACCACAGUGACACGAUAACGAUUGCAGUACGUGACUGCGUACAUUAGCAUUGUUACUCUUGAAGCAAACAGGCGAGAAUUAAUCGAGUGACAAUCGUUCGCUGUUCAAAGGCGACCAUUUAGGAUAAUAAUUGCUUUAUAAUGCCAGCUUUUAGGUGUAUGUAUAGUAUUCGAUUCAGGUGCAACGCAAGUGUGCCCCUAAUUGCCUGUACGUCAAUUCAGCUCAUAUUUCUCAGUAUGUGUGUGUAUAUAUUCGAAGUAUUUACUGGUUUAUUCAUCCAGAAAGAUUCGAAAAAAUAGACGGCGACACGAUGAAACACUGAUAUAUGCAGAUAUAUGAAUUCAAGUAUAAGAAUUAAAAACAUAAUAAUACUUCUAACAAUAAAGUAGGUUCCACUCUUCCUUGAACUUCAAAUAAGUAACACCUGUCACUUCCCAGUUUCAAUCUUUAAAAUUUGUAUAAAGUACAACAGGUGUAAUAU